AUGGAUUGGGUUCAAUGUAACUCUUGUCAGAAGCGGCCGAAGCAAGUGCGAAUGUUUGUCACGUCGUGCGGUCAUAUUUCCUGUGAAGAGUGCAGGAAAAAGGUUGAAAACUCAUGCCUUAUAUAUGAUGCUGAAGAGCAUACGCUUAAUAUGUCGCAUCCCCAAUUGGUGACAAGUACACCAAUAGUAAACCUGGAAGUUUCGCGGAAGGAAUAUUUACGAAAAGCAUUCUUUUCUGGUGGACAAAACCCAUCACCUGUUCUAUGA